GUAUGACUACAGUUCCCAGAAUUCAAGUCCCGAGUGCCCCGCCCGACUCCAUGGCACCCACCCCUUAGGUUUCGGACAAGGCCAGAUUCAGGGAAAGUGUCGGGAUUGUAGUUAACACGGUUAGCCGAAUCCAGGAUAGUUAAAUCAACCCCAUGAAAAUUGGAGCACAUAUUAAGCUGAUAUAACCAGUAUAUUUACAAAACGGUACAAGUACACGCUAAAGAGGUACUAUAACACGUUGCAUAGUAGUUUUCUGGGAUACGUAGUACUCCUUAAGCACAAUCGUACCUGCUCCAGCGGGAUAGUAACUCGCACUUUCGUAAAGUGAUACACUCAACUGAAUUGCAGUGAAUACUGCGUAACUGCUACUAUUCGUCUAAUCUGUGUGCCGUCGAACUUCUUAAUUAUAGUUUGCCUUGCAGACGGGAGCUCUCUGCAUUGCCUAUGAAGUAGAGAGAGUGAAAGGGCAGUUCGAGUGAAGGUGUGGAACUCUGAAAAGGGAGACACUGCAGAGUUUAUAGAAAGGCGAACACAAAACCACUGCUUUCUGGGCAGCAGCAGCGAGCAGGAAAAGUCAGGACGGCCGCGUUAAGGGAAAGGACCAGAAAAGUUUGGAUGGCAGUGACUGUAGCGCCUAAAGUUGCUUGCUAAGGGUGGCUGUCAAGUGUCGUAAGAGAGGAGUCGUUGGUAAACAGACACCUGGACUGCUGGAGUAAAAGACUAAAACAGGCGGGGGAGAAAGAAACAGAGGCUCGGGGGCUGCUUCUCACCUUUCAGGCUCGGUACCUCUUAAAGUGGCAGCGAAACCUCUCCUUCCCUGUCUUGACCAUUUUGGGAUUAAAUGCUCGGGUAACCUGGCAAAGGAUCUAGUAGCAUAGAAAGUCGCACAAACAAAAAACAUGAGCGGCGGGGACAUCGUGUAUUGUGGCUGGCUGAGAAAGUCUCCGCCUGAGAAAAAGUUGAAACGUUUCGCAUGGAAGAGGAGAUGGUUUAUUCUCCGAAGUGGACGUCUAACAGGAGAUCCAGAUGUACUGGAAUAUUACAAAAAUGACCAUACUAAGAAGCCUAUCCGCAUCAUUGACUUAAAUCUGUGUGAACAGGUAGAUGCUGGAUUGGUAUUUGAAAAGAAGGAAUUUGAGAACAGUUUCAUUUUCGAUAUCAAGACCAUUGACAGAGUCUUCUACCUUGUGGCAGACACUGAAGAAGAGAUGAAUAAGUGGGUUCGACACAUUUGUGAAAUCUGUGGGUUUAAUCCUACUGAUGAUGAUGCUGUAAAGUCGCACGGCACCUCAAACCAUGCCACAAUUGAGAUGCCUCUUUCUGGCAACAUCAAUAUGUCUCAGCCAUCUGUACCAUCGUUUGAGGCCCUACCACCACCGUAUGAGACAGUCAGAGUAGGACAUGCAGAUUCCAUGUCUUCUCAAGAGGAGUCUCAGGAUUAUCUGUUGUUAUCCCAUUGUGAAAGCAGGGUGCCAGUCCCUGCCAGCAAAGAGCGAUCUAUUGCCAGUGAAGAAGGCAUUGAGUAUCUGCUCCUGGGAGAUUUUCAAGUCAAAAAGAUACUGUUUCAGAACCAGUCUCACGCAGAAUCAACCAAAUCCACUUCUUCGGAGACUGACUGCAAUGACAAUGUGCCUUCUCACAGACAUACUGCUGUUCCCACACCCAAACAUGCAGUGAAUGGGGGUUUCCAGCAGCAUGCGGUGUAUGACUCUCCACCAACUCGGGCUACCUCCAUUUCUGUAAACAGCACCUUUUAUCAUCUUCCUAGGAGUUAUUCGCAGGACAUUUCCUCUAAGGCUUCCUCACCUUCCUCACCACUAACUGAUAAUGAAGGGGAACUAUAUGUAUUUAAUACCCUUCCUGGGAAGUCUACAUUAGAAUCACCUAUGAAACAGAUGUCUCUUAGUUAUGACAUUCCCUCAACGCCUGGAGGUUCAUAUCAUACUUCACGGACAUCUUCAGAAAAUCAACUAGCACUGUCUUACACAAAACCUGAAUCACUUCCAGAUAUCCCUCCACCUCGGCCACCAAAACCCUCUCAUGCUCCUGAUCGUUCUCCAGUGGAGGCUUAUUCUGUUCCUCGUCCUGCUUCAGACACCGACUCCAACUACUGUAUUCCCACAGGAGGACUUUUGCCUUCACGCAGUAAUACACUUUCCACAGUGGACUCAAGUAGGCUAAAAAAAGAUUUUGGCAGCCAAGAUUGCUAUGACAUUCCACGGACAUUUGCCAUGGACAGAUGUAGCUCUCUUGAACUUGGUGACAGCUUUAGCAGCUACCUGAACAAAGGCAUGGUUGCAUGCGGAAGUGUAUCGAGUGAAGAAGCUGAUGAAAAUUAUGUCCCUAUGAAUCCUAACUCUCCACCACGCCAUCACUCCACAAGCCUUCUAGAACAUGUGCAAGAAAUGAACUAUGUACCUAUGACGCCAAGCACAUUUGACUUCUCAUCCUUUGGAAUGCAAGUACCUCCACCUGCCCACAUGGGUUUCCGGUCAAGUCCAAAGACUCCUCCUAGAAGAACAGCAAAAACUGACUGUGAACCACCCCCAGUUGACAGGAACCUUAAACCUGACAGAAAAGGUCAGAGCCCUAAAAUUUUAAGAACUAAAGCACAUGGUUUAAAGCGAACUGAUUCAGAAACCAUAGGUGAUUUUGCUACAAGAAGAUUUAAGGUUAAACCUGCUCCAUUAGAAAUUAAACCUCUGCCAGAAUGGGAAGAAUUUCCAGCUCCAGUCAGAUCUCCUGUUACCAGAAGCUUUACUCGAGACUCCUCUAGGUUCCCCAUGCCUACCAGACCGCCUUCAGUUCAUAGCACUGCUUCCAGUACAGACUCACAGGACAGUGAUGAGAAUUAUGUAGCCAUGAACCCAAGUUUGUCUGCAGAUGAAUCACAUUUGAGAUUAGCACUAUGUACAGAUGGAGGUGGUCCAAGUCCAAUGAGUAAGCCAAGAGGAGACAAGCAAGUGGAAUACUUGGAUCUGGACCUAGACCCAGGAAAAGCAACACCUCCUCGCAAGAAAAAGAGCAAUGCUUCAGGCAGUUCAGCAGCUGAUGAAAGAGUGGAUUAUGUUGUAGUGGACCAGCAAAAAACUCUAGCACUAAAAAAUACAAGAGAAGCAUGGACUGAUGAGAGGCAGUCUACAGAAUCAGAAAUUCCUGCUAAAAACACCAAGUAAAAAGAAAAACUCAGAAUUUUUGUGGCAGCCAGCAUGUGUUUACUGUACCUCGAAGUGACAUCUACAUGAACUGUUCCUUCCCCAAACUGUAGUAUGCAUGCAGCAAUUGUAGCCAAAACCUUCAGUGUCACAAGUGGAGAUCUCUUUAACAGGCUUUUGCAAGGAAACUGUUGAAUGUGAAAAAACAACUUGAUCCUACCAGGGGGAGUACAGUGAUGAAGAAAUAUGUGAUAUUUCUAGCUUAUUUCUAAAUGUACAUAAUCUCUGACAGCUAUCAAGUAGCUUUUCUGAGGACCAUGAGGAAAUUUUACAUGUGCAUUAAUCACAUCGUAGUAUUCCUGUUUUUGCACUUUUGUAUUUCAGAGGCUGAAGUUGGGUGAAUGUUUUUUUUGCUGGCAGGACCUGAAUACACACCAGUCAAGUCAACUUUUCACUAUAAAUUUUGAAAAGUGUUCACUUACACUACUUUGUAGUCAUAUUUCUAAACCAGGUAAGCUUUGUGUAGAUAAAACAUUUUUUUUUUCACAAAUGCCAGUCUUUAAGUGCAAUUUUUUGUGGAACAUUUUGAAUUUUUAUAUUCUGAGGAAAAUGCAUAGGAUGGCCUUUAAAUCAGAAACUGCUGUUUUACUGAAAAAAAGAAAACAUGGAUGUCACGUGUUGCCUUUCAAAUGUUCAGGUGCAGUAGAACAAAAACAGGUAUGCUUAAUCAUUUCAUGUUUGUUGUAGUCAGUUAUUUAACUGAACCUCAAAAAAGGCUUGUAAAAUACUACUGUAAUUGUAGUUAAGCAGUGUUUUGUUCAUUGAGUGCAGACUCUUGUGUUUUGUUCAUUGAGUGCAGACUCUUGUGUUAUGCUGUUUUGCACACAUGCAUAUGAACAUGGACAUCUGGACUAGAGUAAGCAUAUGUUUGUUUCACAUACAGAUGAUAGUUCUGUUUGAUUCUGCCAUUUCAAAGAAACUGCAGUGCUUUUAGCACUGAAAAGCUCACCAGUAAUCAUAGAAGAUUCACAAAGUGCCACCUGGGUAGAAAGGCUGGCAGUCUGUAAUGAUGAUGGUGCUCCUUUGUGUAACAGCUGCUAUUGAGAAAGUGGUGAUUUUGUAAUAUUCUAAUGCCUGGUAGAAGGUGAUGUUUUGUUGCUUUAUGGAAAAUGGGGUAUUUUAAUUACAUCUGGUACUUAACCAAUGACUUUAUGCUGCAGGCCACUGAUGAUGAAUAUAUUUUGAAAUCUGUGGUAUUUGUUGCUUGCUGUUAUAUUACUAAAAUGGAGGAAUACUCAGGAUUCUUGAGUAUCACUUGGAUUGCUUGGCACUAUCUUGAAGUGGAAUUGAUGUCUUUAUUAACAGCAUAUUUUUUUAUCUUUAACAUCUUAACAUUACCUCUUGCUUAGCCUUAUGAGUAAAUUCCUAUGCAAUUAGGGCUUUGUGAAGCUCUUCAUUCCACUUCUGUGGAAAGUUGGCAACAAUGCAGAGCUGUAAUUUAAGUGUACUGCAGUUUGGAAUAUCCAGGUUGAAUUUUUGUCUGAAAAUUGAAAAUAGUUUGUUUUUCUGUUACAGACUACAGGGCUGCUACAUAUUGUAAACCACCGUGUUGCAAUACAUUGAUUCAAGUAACUUUUUACUUUAUUUGGGAGAGUGUAAUUUUAUUGUAGAUAAGAGAAAAUGUAUAAAUUCCAUGUGAAGUCCGUAUUACUUCUGAUGUACUAUGAACUACCAUUUACUAACAUUAAAAUUAUGAAAUUACCAACAAACUGCAAAUAUACCAUGUCUGCUGAGAAUAUUGACCUACUUUACUAUACAUGUAUAUUACGUGCUUCUUUUUUAUAGCAUGUAGGCCUUAAUAAUGUGCCUCAACUAAACUUUUACCAGUGUAUGUAAAUUACCAUAUUCAUAAUAUAGUUAUUAUAAUAAAUCAUUGAUACUUGAUUUUAUUGUUCAUGCUUUUUUUAAUAAAAUUUUUACUUUAAA